UUCAUCUGUUUGUCAGCUUCUUUAAAACACAAUGAGUGUUUUUCACCGCCUGGCACCUUUGAUGUCAGAAGAAUCUGCCUCCUGCAGACAAACAAAUGAACAUUCAAAAGUGUGUUUGCCUCCUCCUCUGGCUCUGUCUUCUCCUGUGGUAAAGAAGAAGGCUAUUCAAAUCCCAUCUUUUGAUGAGAAGGGACUCAUUUUUGAAAAGCACAACACAAAACUGUCAACAGCUGACAAAUCAUCAGAUUUAACUUCCCCCAAAACAUCUAUUCAGCCCCCUUGGAGGAAAGCUUGUCAGUAUUCACAGAGAAACCACGGAGAAAGAUCUUCAACCUUUCCAAGGACCAAACCUAAAACACACGGAUCUCAGUCCCUUUCUGCAAAGCCUAACGUCUAUGCUCCUGCUGCUCCAAAGCCAAAUUCCCCUCCCACUCCUCCAACUUUCAAAUCAAAGCCAAGUGAUUCUCUUCAUCUUCCUGCCUCACCAUGGAGUGAUUUUUCUCCAUUACCACACUGCCCAAAGCCAAGUGUGUCUCCAACUCUGACCGUCCCAACACCCAGACUGACCCCGUCUCCCACAUCCGUUUGCCAAGGUACCAGUUCAGAUGGCCAAUCAGGAAGGCAGCUUUCUCCUGUUGCAAGAGAAAGAUGUGCUCGAUCAAUUCCCAUCUCUAAUACAAAGGCGGAGCCUUUAGAUGAAGUGAGGCAUGAUAUUCUUGAUGAAAAAGCUUUACUAGACUUUACUCAUCCUGGGUUUAGAAGAGUUCGUACCCUGACAAGCAGGGAGUCAAGACACCAGACCGUGUCCGACAGGCUGACAAUCACAUCUCAGGACUCUGAUUUUCUACAAAGCAAAGUUGGAGUAAGUAAAAAUAUGUACACAGCAAAAGAUAAGGCACAAACUCCACAUGUUGACAUUGCCGUCAUGUCUAAAUCAAAGCCAAACAUCAAAGAGCAUAAAAAAUGUCAACCAAGUGAAGCGAUAGAGCAUGCUGAAAUUGCUCACAAAGGCUCUCAGUUAGCCUUUGGACAGGCUGCUCAGUCAAACCCUCAAAGAACAUGUGCAGACUACAUUCAGAAGAGCGCUUACUCUCAAGCCUCAGAUUUUACCUCAAGCCAUCAAUCACAUAAACAAAUAUAUCCUGGGAAAAGAGCAACUUCCAAAAUGUCCUUUUCCUCUGAGCCUCCUUUGGGUAUCGUCUCUACCAAAGGUGAAUCAAGAAGGAGACGAUUUGACCUUCACAAUGAAACAAGAGGAGAUCCAUCAGGUUCUCAUCAUCAGAGAGCACAGGAAGAAAGCAUCAUACAGACAUCUAUAAUAGGAAACACAUCUAAGUUCUUUAAAUUAGCUGGUGAAUCACAGUCAAUCAGAAAGUCCAGUCAAAAAUAUGGAUUUUUGUCAAAGACUCAGAGUCAGACUACCCAGAUGGAUGUAAAGAAGGAAGUAACUCGGCCUGACUGUGUUUUAAAGGAGCCCAGGAGGCCUUCCACCCUGUGUCUGCAGUGUGCCUGA